CUGGAGAUUUGCUUCGAGAAGAGCAACAAAAUCCGAAUUCCAAAGAUGGCGAUUUGAUAAAAACAUAUAUUAAAGAAGGCAAAAUCGUGCCUAUGGAAAUUACCGUUAAAUUGCUUUCGAAGAAAAUUCAAGAAAGCAAGCCUGCAUUAGAAGGGCAGAGUACUUAUGGACGCAACAUUUCUAAAUCUGUAGUGGAGCCAUCUCUUAUUCUUUUUUUUGAUUGUGAUAAAGAAGUUAUGAAGCAGCGCCUUCUGAAACGUGGGGAAACUAGCGGUCGAAUUGAUGACAAUAUUGAAACAAUUGAAAAACGAUUCAAAGUUUUUGUGGAAGAGAGUUUGCCUGUAGUUACGUAUUAUGAAAAAACAGGAAUAGUUCGCAAGAUACCCUCUAAUGAAAGUGCUGAUGAAGUUUAUUUAAAGGUUAGGCCAAUUAUUGAAG